AUGGGAGCGGAAAACAACAUCACCUCCAUUCCACCGCUUGUUACGCUCUGCCAGGACCUCGAUUUGGCUGCGAUCAAAGUGAGCCCUGGGGGUGCCGACAGCCCCCCGUGGGUUUGUAGGGGCCCGAGCCCCUCACGUUCCCAGCAGCGAGGCGCGUGGGCUUUCUUUUACUGUAUCUGCUUUUUUCUUUUUGGUCCCUUGUCGCAGGGUGAGGCGCGUGGCAGGAGGGAUCAGCCCGAAGCUGCGAGGUUCGCCCAGCUCUGGGACCGCAGAGGCGCCCCGCUCUCCAGCCCAGCACGUCCUGCCGAAGGGCAGCAUGGCCUUCAGGCUCAUGGGCUGCUCUUCCAAGGUCGGUACCGUCAGCGCACUCACCGAGGGCGAGCGCAGUCCCCCUCAUCGAGGUUGGCGAAGCUAACGUGGGAGCUCAGCAUCAGUAAGUCUGCAACCGGACUCUGUGCCGCCGAUCAGGCGGUUGGGAGCCCAUGUCCGCAUCCACUCAGGGCGUCGGUGCGCGGGUCGUACGCCAGCAGCCCGUCAGAGGGGGUCGGAGGAGCCGUCGUUCCCGCAGGGCGAGAGGGAGGAUCGCAGCUGGGCGACGCUCCUCGCGGCUCGGCAGAGAGAGGCGAGAGUUUUCCCGGAGCGCCCAGGCCGUGGGUGGAAUUCAGGGCUGCUUGUAGCAGGGCAGCCCCGUGCUUUGUUUUUGCGUUUGUUGUGUUUUUUUUUUUCCCUAGGUCCUGGUUCAGCCCGCAUCAGCGCGGACGGCCGGCAGCCGAGCGCUCACGUCCCGUCGAGGAGGCGGGGCGAGAGCUGGGCGUCGCAGAAGGCCGCGGAAGCGUCGAAGGGGCAAAGCGGGUACGAGGAGCUGGAAGACCCGACAGCCGUCCGCGCUGUUUUUCGGGCUAUAAUAGGAGCAGCAGUUUCCAGGACAGGGGCGGCUUUCCACGGCAGUUCCAGCACAUCUCCUGGGACGCGAGCAGCAGCAGGAGCGGUGAGUUGGCACUUUCUAUUUUUUUGGGCGUGCACUAGGGGAGCUUUAGAGCCGUAGGAGGUUGAUAUCAGCGCGGUGUCGUGUCGGAAGGGAAGGCCUUGCAGGGAGUUUCAGGAAAGCGCUUUGUUGGCGGCGUUGUUGUAGGAAGCGUUUUUUGUGAGGUUUGUCGUUUGUGUCGAGGUGGUUGUGAUGGAGCCGGCAGAGAAUGAGGCGUUAGCUAGGUGUUGAUGGCAGUUAUCCGAGGUGGUCUUGUUUAUGUUUGUGCUUUUGUGUUGAAGUGGUUUGGGUUUUCAUUCCGUUUUUUUGGUGCUAUUAGUGUUUUUGAGGUGUUUGUUGUUGAAGUUGGCUUGAGAUGUUUUGGUUUUUUUUUGUUUUGGUUUGGUGGUUUUU